AUGGCCUUUAUGGCAGUAAUAAGAUCUGCUGAUCUCGAAGAUAACCACUGCCGGCUGAACAGUUCAGCUGGAGCACUCUUUCGAUGCCUAGCUGCCGUGCCACCUGAAGCAAGCACGAGGGCUGGGAUACUGCCAGGUCGCCCAGGCCUAGACAGGGGAAGUCGAGUGGCAGAGGUCGGGUUCGAACCACGGACCUUCCUCUCAGUAAAUUCGCGCUCUAACCACUUGGGCCAUCUCGCCCAACUAACUGUACGACUCCAGAUCGGAACGGCCACUUCUGACAAGCUUUCCGGGUGUUGGAUUCCAGGUCGCAGUGUAAGUGAUUUCUAUCUGUUCUGCAACUGUACAUGGAAUGGCGUUGCUUUAGUCAGUACCAGAGACGGUAGCAUUGUGCAUGAACAUGUGGCUUCUCAAACGCGAUUGAGUGUCAUGCAUGUUUCGUGCCUUUAUUUUGACGUUCUCUGUAGGCUAGGAGGUGUGCUGCCUACUGUCGCUCGAGAGUUUCACAAAACAGCCAUUGAGCACCUCACAUCCUCUGCUCUAGCCAACUCGGGUGUUGGAUGGAAGGUGAAUCCUGUUAUUCAACUUCAUCAACGUCGCGUAGGACAUAGAUGGUAUUGCGGUCACCGUGAAACCUGGUAUGCCAAUGUCUCUCAAAGUUGGGGUUACGUAUGCAAAGCAGUUGGCCGAACUCUAUGGGUUGGAGUCCCUUUUUUCUCAAUAACCUUCAUUUUCAGAAAACCUUUAAUUCCAAUCCACCACAUGGAAGCGCAUGCUCUCACAGCGAUGCUAACUUAUCCAUCGCUCACAUUCCCUUAUCUAGUGCUACUGCUCAGUGGAGGUCAUGCUUUGUUAGCACUGGCCCGAGGUUUGGAGGAUUUCGUUGUACUGGGCACGGCUUUGGAUGCGUCGCCUGGAGAGGUGCUUGACAAGCUUGCACGCCGUCUAAAGUUAUCUCGCCUUGGAGAUUCUCGUUUGAGUUCCGUGAGUGGAGGUCGGGCUGUUGAACUACUUGCUGCCGAGCACAAAGCCAGUUCUCCGCUGUUCGAAAUACCUCUUCCUCGUUCACAAUCUCGAGACUGUGACCUUUCAUUCACUGGCAUUCAACUCAAUUUUGAAAGGCUAAUCAGCAGAUUGGAGGAAGAAUUGGUAGAUGUCGACCCCCGUAGCCACAGCAUACUUCCUGUCGAUUGUCUGGCAACUGUGUGCGCAUCCCUUCAGUCUGCCGUAACUCUUUUGAUCUGCCGAUGUGUUCAACGAGGAUUUGAGUUCCUUCGAUCAAACGGGUCUGCGGACUUUCCCUGGCCAACAGCAUUGGUUGUUUCUGGUGGAGUUGCCGCGAAUUCCGUUAUUCGUGCUGGUCUGUCAGAAGUUGCACAGCAUUUCGGACUUCCGCUGUUAGCACCACCGGCCCGUUUGUGUACAGACAAUGGUGUUAUGAUUGCCUGGAACGGCUUGCUUUUGAAACGGGCAAAUCGUCGCGUCACCUGGGACAUUUCCUCAGUUGAUUUCGAACCCAAAGCGCCUUUUGGGAUUGACUGCCGUGCCUUAGUUCGCAAUGCUGAGAUUCGGAUAGAGGCUAUCAAGAUCAAUUCGGUACCUUAGUUCGUCCAAUAUUCCACUU